AACCAAAAAAAACAAACGUUCCAAAAAAUUUUAGACUGGUCCUACGGUGCGGCCCUCCAUUUUCUAGUCUCUGACUCUCUCUCUCUCUCUCUCUCUCUCUCUCCUCGCAAAUUCCAACCGACGACUCUCCUCAGCUUCACCAAAAUCGAUCCUUGAUCAUCUCUUCUCCUUCGCUGAUAACCGUGUGUUCCUUCUUCGCAAAAUGAUCCGGUUCAUACUGCUGCAGAACAGGCAAGGCAAGACUCGGCUGGCGAAGUACUACAUUCCUCUCGAGGAAUCCGAGAAGCACAAGGUCGAAUUCGAGGUUCAUCGGUUGGUUGUCAACAGAGAUCCCAAGUUCACCAAUUUCGUUGAGUUCCGUACACACAAAGUUAUCUACAGGAGAUAUGCUGGAUUAUUUUUCUCAUUGUGUGUUGAUAUAACGGAUAAUGAGUUGGCAUAUUUGGAGUCUAUCCACUUGUUUGUGGAGAUAUUGGAUCACUUCUUCAGCAAUGUCUGCGAGCUAGAUUUGGUAUUUAAUUUUCACAAGGUAUAUCUGAUACUGGACGAGUUCAUUCUUGCCGGGGAGCUCCAAGAAACAAGCAAGCGGGUAUGUGGUUAUCGUGUCUGUAAUUGCUUAUUGAUCGUCAGUUACUAUUUUGAUUUCAAUUCACCAAUAGUUUGUAAAGGGGAGCAGAAUGUCUAUCCUAUGUCUGUCUCAAAAGUCGGGAAGGCUUUUGAUUGUAAAAUACCAAUUUUGGAAUCAUCGGGGCUGUGCUUUGUUUAAAACUGCAGGCAAUUAUAGAGAGAAUGGGAGAGUUGGAAAAGCUGGAGUAAAGAAUUCUAGCAGCAGCCAUAUCAUGUUCGUGGACCGACGUUUCUCGAUCUUCCAUCUUUUGUGCCUCGACUUUUGUAUUUCUUUCACUACAUCUGCCAUAAUUGUUUGAUUCCUCUUAUACAUGGACAAGAUUGUUUGCGAUAUGCUUAUGAUGUUGAGCUUUUUUUUAAUCAGUUUUGUUGUUGAGUUCA